AUGGCGCAGGGAACUCAAUCCAUAAAAUGUGUGGUCACUGGUGAUGGUGCUGUCGGCAAGACAUGUCUGCUGAUAUCCUAUACUACAAACGCCUUUCCUGGCGAAUAUAUCCCCACCGUCUUCGACAACUACUCAGCUAGUGUCAUGGUCGAUGGGAAACCUGUCUCACUCGGCCUGUGGGAUACCGCUGGUCAGGAAGAUUACGAUCGAUUGCGACCACUUUCAUACCCUCAAACCGAUGUCUUCCUGAUAUGUUUCUCCAUCGUCUCUCCUCCCAGUUUUGACAACGUCAAGGCAAAAUGGUAUCCGGAAAUCGAGCAUCAUGCACCCAAUGUGCCCAUCAUUCUCGUCGGAACCAAAUUGGAUUUACGAGAAGAUAAAGGAACCGCAGACAACUUGAGGGCCAAGAAGAUGGAGCCUGUCUCCUACGAGCAAGCUUUAUCAGUCGCCAAGGAAAUCCGAGCGGUGAAAUACCUAGAAUGCUCGGCAUUGACACAGCGGAAUCUGAAGAGUGUGUUUGACGAGGCGAUUAGAGCCGUGCUCAAUCCCCGACCGACCGCAACUAAGAAGAAGUCCCGGUGCACCAUCCUCUGA